AUGGCUCGCAGUGACUUUCAAUUUGGCCGUGAGCCGGUGCUUCCGACCUCAAAAGGUCGGCUUUCCAGUGAUAUUACGAGACGAACACUCUCUAAGAAGGAUCGUUCUGUGUCGGGGGCAGGAAAGGAGGCUUCAUGGGCUCCUAAGGAUCCCGCUCACUUGGACCUAGAGAGCGCGUAUGCUCCGGCUCCUUUCCCCGAGUACUCAGAUGCACAGUCUCUUGGGUACAAAGACCGCGACUCAACCACUUCCACCAUGGUUCCUCAGAACAUGACCCCAAGCGAACCAUGGAACUUGACUCCAAAUCACUCGUCCGAUGCGCUAGAUCUUCGCUCCAAGAUUAAGCCACUAAAGCCCAAGGUUCACAUCAAACCGAUACUCCGCAAGAUGUCGCGUGAUGAUGCGCCAUCCACAUCUAUUGACCUGUCUCGUUCGUCGACAGAGCAGGAAGGUCUGGGCAUCUACUUGACUAUGGAGCGGGAUCGGCGUCGAAGUGAAUCUUUGACGGGACCGACAUACCGUCGCAGUUCCGGCCUACACAAUCGAUCCACAAGCGGAACCUCUCAAUUUUCAACUGGGACCGGAUCUAGCGGAGGUAGAACAGGGUCGCAAUACGUUUAUCCUAUGCGCCCAACUCCUAAGGUAUACACACCGCCACUGGGCCAAUCGUAUCAAACAUCGGGGAACGACAGCGACGAACUAGACGAGGGCGGUUCCGAGUCUGACUCGAGAUCUCCUACCGUGUCAGAAACUCCACGUUACGUCCGUGCUUCUUCGGGACCAGUUCCACGCCUGUCUUUGCAAAUCGAAGACGACUCAUUCACCCGCCUCUCAGAAGUUUCCCAACCUCUUGCAAGCCGACCAUCCUUCGGUUAUUCACGAGACAAUGGGAGCACACUGGACACUGCAUCCCCGAUCUCUAGAACCUCUCUCGAUCAUAUGUUUCGCUCAAGAACUCGCACCAGCACGGAUCCGGUCUCUCGAGCGGCCACCAUCCAGGCCGCCCGGCAAGCGUUUGAGGAGAGAGAGGCUGCUAAGACUCGCCGGCUCGAGAAACAGCAGAUGACCCGUCGUCGGGUCAAGCACAGCUUAUCGGGAGGCCAGGAACCAGCGGUGCAGUCCAAUGAGGAGAUUUCUGAGAAACCAUCCGAAUCCAAUGGAUCUAAGCGUAUUGAAGCAGACGAGCAGCCAUCAGUCUCAUGGAAAUCCCAAUCCAAAAGUACCUGGGUACUCUUCAUGACCUGGCUCCGAACCCGAGUGUUUAAGUUUCGCAGAAAGUUGCGAAAGAUGAACUGA